AUGGAUGAAAAGUUUGCAGAUUUGAAUGAAAAUGUAGGUGAUAUUGAAACAGAGAAAUACUAUUCUAGGGUUAUGGUUAAGAAAGCAAAAGAGGGACAUUGGGUGAAAUUCGGAGAGGAUUUAGAAGAAGCCGGACAGCAGCGGAACAAGGUAUUCUGGACCAAGGCUUAUGAUUGUGUACCAAGAUCUAAGUUGUGGUCGGUUUUGUCCGAAUACGGAAUAAAUGGAUUUCUUCUUAGAGCGAUUAAGAGUUUGUACGCAAACAGUAAAUCAGCAGUACGAGUGGAUGGUGAUUUGAGUGAUUGGUUUGAAGUGCGUAAUGGUCUCAGACAGGGCUGGGGUAAUAUAAUUUCUGCUUUAGCGUAUGCAGAUGACCUGGUACUCUUCGGCAGUUCUGAACAAGAGCUGCAGGAUAGUGUUGGAGAUUUACGAGCGGCCUGUACAGACUUUGGAAUGACAAUUAGCAGUUCGAAAACUCAGGUUAUGCAUGUGGGUAAAACUCGUAAAACUGUUCAGUGCGAACUAAAUGGAAAUUUGCUUGAACAGGUAUCACAAUUUAAGUAUUUGGGUUGCAUCUUCUCCGAAGAUGGCAAACUUGAUAAAGAGUUUGAACACCAUUUCAUGCAGUGCUAA